GGCAUUACUAUCUAUGCACUUUGCACCCCUCGGUAAGUUGUAGUAAGUUUUUAUACAAAGUCCCAGUCCGAUGCAUGCGUACAUAAUAAUCCAUCAUCCCGCCCGCUCUGUUCUCUUUUCACUCUUCCAACAUAAAUUCUCUCUUUCCUCAAUAUUCUUUUCGCCCAUCGUAUUUCCCGGUUCAAAGGAAAUUUCACGAGGGUCAUUGCUCCCAAUUCAAUUCUUUGAAUCCACCGUCAAUCCAUCCAUCGAACAAGUAAAUAAUUAUGGAAGCCGUCCUUAAAGGUCGGGCAAUGUGCCCAUUUCUCCAAAAGACCUCUCCCGCAACCCUCCGAUCGCUUUCGACCUCUACUCGCCCUCAUGCCUCCCCGGGUGGCGGAAGUAUGUCCAACCUCCAGACCAUUGCGGGCCGAUGUCCAGUCAUGGGCAAAGCGCUCGCCGUCCAAACCGCAAAGGCCGGAAAGGUUGGAUUUGGUGGCGUGACUGCUAUGAAGGCUAUUCGAGCCUUUUCCGGAAAAGUUAGCAGCGGAAAGGCAAAACUUCAUACCAGCAGAUCCCAUGAAGCGAGGGCUGUCGAGGACAAUAUCUUUGGUCGUGAAAAUGUACCAUUUCCACAUAUCAAGCAAACGCGCCCACCAACUCAAGCUACUCGCCAUGAACAAUCAAAGGCCCCCAAAUUUGAUUACGAAGGGUUCUACAACGCGGAAUUGGAGAAGAAGCACAAGGACAAGUCAUACCGCUACUUCAACAACAUCAACCGAUUGGCCAAGGAAUUCCCUCGGGCUCAUAUGGCCGACAAGAAUGAGAAAGUGACAGUAUGGUGCUCUAACGACUACCUUGGCAUGGGCCGGAAUCCACAAGUCCUGAAGGCGAUGCAUGAAACCCUCGAUGUAUAUGGUGCCGGUGCUGGUGGAACUAGAAAUAUUUCUGGUCAUAACCAGCAUGCGGUUGGCCUUGAGGCAUCAAUCGCGAAACUCCAUGCUAAGGAUGCUGCGCUUGUUUUUACUUCCUGCUAUGUGGCGAACGAUGCGACUCUUGCGACCCUUGGUAGCAAGUUGCCCGAUUGUGUGUUUUUGUCAGAUUCUUUGAACCAUGCUUCUAUGAUUCAGGGCAUCAGGCACUCUGGCGCGAAGAAGAUGGUCUUCAAACACAACGAUUUGGAGGAUCUAGAGGCCAAGUUGGCAUCUCUUCCACGCGAAGUUCCUAAGAUUAUUGCAUUCGAAUCCGUAUACAGCAUGUGCGGCUCAAUUGGCCCCAUUGAGGGGAUCUGUGAUUUAGCCGAAAAAUACGGUGCACUUACCUUUCUCGAUGAAGUCCAUGCAGUAGGAAUGUAUGGACCACACGGCGCUGGUGUAGCAGAACAUCUAGACUAUGAAGCUCAUCUUGCAGGCCGUCCAAGAGGUACCAUCAUGGAUCGCGUGGAUAUCAUCACUGGAACUCUAGGCAAAGCAUACGGAUGUGUCGGUGGUUAUAUUGCCGGAUCCCAUAAGAUGGUUGACGCUAUCCGUUCUCUUGCUGCCGGUUUUAUUUUCACCACCUCUCUUCCACCCGCAACCAUGGCCGGCGCACAAGCCGCCAUAGAAUAUCAAUCGGAGUACCAAGGUGACCGCCGCCUUCAACAACUUCAUACUCGAGCCGUCAAAGACUCACUUAGCGAGCGCGAUAUCCCGGUCAUCCCCAAUCCCUCUCACAUCAUUCCCGUUCUUGUUGGGAACGCGGAACUUGCCAAACGUGCAUCUGACAUGCUUCUUGAUGUUCACGGUAUCUAUGUCCAAUCCAUCAAUUAUCCUACCGUUCCUGUUGGUCAAGAGCGUCUUCGCAUCACUCCCACACCAGGUCACGUUCGCGAAUAUCGUGAACAUCUUGUCAAUGCUAUUGAUUCCGUAUUCACCGAACUUGGUAUCAAACGCACUUCCGAAUGGGCCGCCGAAGGUGGUUUUAUUGGUGUUGGCGAAGCUGGCGGCGAGGUUCCAGAACCACUUUGGACCGACGAACAACUUGGCGUAGACCAAAUUGUUAAGGAAAUGAAGGCUGCUGGCCCAGUGGGUGUCAUGGAGGCGCUCCUAGAACGCGAGACCAAAGAAACUGCCAAGGCCGUUAGUGCUGCAGCUCAGUAGUGCUCUUUCUCUCGACACAAUUUUUGCCCGUAGAUUCGCGGCAAAAAUGUGAUGGGAAUUGAAUGGAUGAAUGCUCCUCGGACCCAAUACCACGAUCUUUUUGAGCUUACAAUAGAUCUUAGACGAUAGUUUUAAGACGACAGUUUAUAUGAUAGCAUGGAUAGUUGUUGAUAUCACUGGAAUUUCUGCGCACGUUGGCUACUUAUCUUAGGAUGAUAGCGUAGUUUUGCGAAAUUUAUUAAAUCUGUACUGACUAAAUUGGUCGUACAUUACAUACUUGGAAUUUCAUGGAUCGAUGUGACUAUGCGUGCCGGUGAUCUUUCAUAAUACUGAAAAUACAAGAUGCGAAGCUGGUUGCACAAUGCAUGAAUAGACUUGCUAUUAUCAACCACAGAUGAUUAAGCUGACAGGAAAAGGCCGCCAUUAAGUUUUGCAAAGCGUCGCAACGGAACAAUAGAAAGAUAGAUGAGUUGCGCGUCGCA